UACAAAGCAAAGAACUAACAUAUCUUUGGUCACGUAGCAUAUUUUGGCAAAAGUGUUAGUAGAACAUCUUUUUUUACAUCCCUAGAACAUCCUGCUUCACAUCCCUUUUCCUUGGGCACAUCUUGGCAAGUGUCUUUAUAUUGUCUGUCCGAGGGCAGCACAUCUCUGCUAGCGUGUCACUGCUAGCAGGCAUGCAUGCAGGGUUGUGCAAGCAGGCCUCUCAGACCGGUGUCUGCUUAAAAUGCUCUCUACAUGGUACUGUGCAAAGAAUGGACAAGUGAGUUUGUAGUAGAGCUAUCCCUCUCACUCCUGGCAUCGAUUAAACAAAUACCUGCUCCAUAGGCCCUGUACUAUGGACUACUGUUUUCUUACCUAAUUUUCAGGCAUCAGUUUGCAAUCCCAUGGCAAGAUGGGACUCUGCCUAGCUGCAAGAUCCAUUAGUGUUGGGGACUCCCUUGGUGUGCCCCAAGAAUUUCUUGGAGGGUUUCCUAAGGAUGCUGUUUUACUGUAAAGCCAAUUUAGAGCCUCCCAUUUGCUAUUGAAGAGCAGCUCAAACAGGACAUAGCCCUUCUUGCUGAGCUGCACCCAGAAUGGUGGGCUCAGCAUCUUUAAAGAAGGUUAGAGUUGUUAGUGAAGCUGUGUUUUCCACUGUGUUAUCUGCUUGCUUGAACAUUGGUAGUUACCAAUUUCCUGCUUGUGCAUGAAAUCAAUGCAUCAAUUUACUCCCUGACUCCCUAAGCUUAUUUUGCUUUUUUUUUAAGCCAAAAGAGAGUGAAAAUCAAUUCAAAAUUGUUCUGCAGCUGCUGAAUUAUUCUCUAAUCAUGUCUUUACCAAUGCUGGGGGUACCAUCAUGCUGCUGCCUAUAAGGAACUGGACUUCACCUCAUUGACUGGACAGCGAGGGAUGCUGUAUCAGUCCCUGGGUAUUAACACUGUGGGAAAAGGAAAGAUCUUUCAAUUCCAGAGAUGUAGUAUAUAAAAUGUUCCAGCUAUAUAAAGGGAGGACAGCAGGAAGCAGCAGAAAUGGAGCAGGGAGCUGUGUGAGUCAGAAAGAAGUGCUGUAGUGGCUGAGGAUCUAUCCCUAGCCCCUCUCGGCGUAGGUCUAGUGCCUCCUGCAGCCUCCUGGUGCCUCUGCCUCAUCUGAGAUGCCACCUCAGCAGCCCAGCUCCGGCCAACUCCAGCACCCGCCACCAGCACGUCCGGCCCCGCUACCCCUCAGAGGAAAGGGGCUGCAGAGCUGCGGACCCGCUCUGCGCCAUGUCACCCCUCCCUAUCUGCAACUGGGCUCUGGGCUCAACUGAGCUCGGCGGGAUUUGGCCGGGCUCGGGUGGGCUGGUCUUGGUUCGUCUCCAUUCGGCUCUCCUCGGCUGUGCUCCGAUAGUCUGGCGUUCAGGGAGAGAGAGAGACAUGUCUUUGAAACCAUUCACCUAUCCAUUGCCCGAAACAAGAUUUCUUCAUGCUGGCAGGCAUGUGUACAAAUUUAAAAUCCGGUAUGGCAACUUCAACAGCUCUCCCAGUUUCAGUCUCACUGAAAGCACGGCCAAGGAGUCAGAGGAAGUGAUUCGAGUAAUCCUUGGAAAUCUUGAUGAUUUAUAUCCAUUUUCUACAGACCACUUCACUGUCUUUCCAUAUUUGAGUAAAUGGGAGCGAGUAUCAAAAAUGAAAUUCAAACAUGAGAGUGUCCAUCUUGUGCCUUAUCCCUACAUUUGUACACUGUAUCUAGAAUUGAACUCAGUUCAGCGAAACAUCUCUUGUGGUAAAGAAGUAAACAAGGGCAGUGAUGAGCUUGUCAGGAGAAGAAAUGAAAUGUCAGAAUGUACUGCAACGAAAGAAGCAGUGAAAAGGAGAAGAGUGGAAGUCAGAGAUGAUACCUCACGCCCACAGUCUUGUAUGGAUAUGGACAUAACUGGAGCUAACUGUGUUCACCACAUGAGUAAAGCAGAGCAAGGAUUUGAAAAGAAUUCCUCCAAAGCAAAUGAGCUUGAGUUCAGCCCAGCAUCCCUUAUUAAAGACUGUGACCAACUGAGCUUCUGGGAGCCUGUGGAAUUUGCCCUUGAACAAAAAAGAGUAGCCAGUCAGGCCAAGGGUGCAGUGCAGCUGCAGCAGCAAAUGGACCAAACAGGAAAGAAAGGAAACAUGAAGUCAGAAGGAAGAGGUCUCUCACAGUUCUGGAGAAGCAUCAUCUUUUCGCCACUACAACAUCUUUUUGGUGGAAAAAACUGACCUGGAAGUACUAAUUGUUCUGGAAAGGUAGAUUUGUAGUAUGGAUAUUGGGUUGCACUGUUUCUUCUGUAAGCAUUGUCAAGCUUUCUUCAAGCAUUGAUUGUCUCAGCUAUUAAAUGCAUUAAAUUAAAUUCUACUUUGCUAAUAUUUUCAAAGUAACAUUCUGAAGACAUUGGGUUAGAACAACAUGUUGGGGUUUUCUUCACAUCUUAGAGGUUUGGGAAUAGAGCAAUAAACUUUUAAGAUUUUGAUGCUUAAGUGUCAUAAAUUGUGAAUUUCACGUUAUGUGGUAUUCUAAUAAAACAAGUAUCAAUUUGGAACUGUGUGUUAUUUUAAUCAGACUUACCCAUGUAGAAGAUACUCUUUCCCUCAAAGAAGCAGCAGAGGUUUCUAGUAUUAGAUGGACUUCAGUACUAUGCUUCACAGCUUUAAAAGGGUCAAAAUUAAACAUUUUGCAUUAGAUAUUGCCACUGCACUACAACUUGGGUAAUUAUUUAUGCAUUCAAAAUAUAAUGGGAUGAGGUUGGAAUUGAAGAUUUCAAACAUGCCAAGGCCACACUCAGGCAGCUUUUUGUUGCCAUGCUUAUGAUUUUUUAAUGAUCUAUCAUUCUUGAAUGACCCACUGAGCUGGGCAGCUGGCUAUAGGUGACUCUGCUUGGGCAAGGGCUUGGGCCCAAUGGCCUCCAGAGUUUCCUGCCACCCUUGCCCCCAGUGUAAUAUGAGGAAGUGUUUCCUGAGAAAGUUUCUUUCCCUUGUUAAACUGUCUUGUGUCUUGACCCAUGAGUGUUUUCUCACAUUUGCCUUUGUUACUAUCUCCCCUGUCCCCCUGAGGGAGUGGGAGUAGGCAGCAGGAUGGGGGGUCACCUGCCAGCCAGAGCCACCCCCUCCCACCCCUGAAGGGACUGCAAUCUGCAGAGAAGACAGGUGGGAGCACAGGCAAAGCAAGAGCCCACACUGUACGCAGACCUUGUACCCUGCACUUAGGUAGUGGCAUCGAGUGUGACUUGCAGCUGUAAUGAGCAAGAGGAGAGAAGUCUGAGGGAAAGCUGAGCCUGGGAAAGGGCAGGAAGGAAGAUUGGCCCACUUCAAAUAAGCAUGUGUCCUGGGUAACCCAAGAUGUUAUUGUAGUCCAUAUCUAGCUGUGCCCAGACUUGUUUACUGUCUCUUUAAGAUCCAGUGCCAUGGAUGGGAGUUGACACACAAGGGACAGGGGUUGCUGGGGUUCCUUUUCAAAGUCAGGGGUCUCUCAGGCAGACCCCUCUUGCUUUGUUAUAUUUGCUCAAGGCAGAAUCUUUGAGGUUUUUCUUUUUCCCCCUCCCUUUUGUUCCUCUUUUGCAUCUUGGCCUGCCUCAAGGCAAAUUCCAGGAGUAUCUGUCAGCAGCACUGUGCCAGAAGGAACAGAGUGGCCCUGCUCCAGUCUAAGUUGCCCAUAGCUUGCCAGCAGUGCCCAGCUGAGGCAAAAAGGCACCAAGUCACUCCAGCCCAGCUGCUUUGCCUUGCCAUGCUUUGCCUUGCUCUUCUCUGCCACAGUGAAGGCAAAGUCUCUCCAUGAGUUCUAGCUGUUUGCUGACUAUCACCUGCUGGAAUGUGCCAGCCACCUUUGCUGAUGGAGAUAUAAGUAGGGAGGAAGGCUGACUGUAUUUUCCCUUUGUCUCCCUAAGCAUGUUUGCCUGUGGCAGAUGCCAUCUGGAAAGGGGGGAGUACCCCGCUAUUUUGGGUUUGUCUUUGUUUCUGUGGAGUUUGUGGGAUUUAGCAAUUUGGUAUCUAGUGAUUAUUUCCACCAGUAAGGAGAAAUGAAAUAUGAGUGUAUAUAUAA